UGUGUGUGUGUGUGUGUGUGUGUGUGUGUGUGUGUGUGUGUGUGUGUGUGUGUGUGUGUGUGUGUGUGUGUGUGUGUGUGUGUGUGUGCCACUCUCCUCCCUCUGCCUCUCUCUCUCUCUCUCUCUCUCUCUCCUCAUCCUGAUCACACAGCUUUGAUUCUCUGGCUCUCAGUAAACAGCUGAGACUCCCACCUUUUUUCUCUCCCUUUCCUUUGGACAAGAGACAGCAGUUCGUCUUUGGAGCUACAAUCUACGGGGUUUGAGAGUGACAUGCACCUGUAUCCCCCGUCAGCAGGUCCAUCUUGUGUUACCAUUGUGUGACAGUUUGAUAUCUGCCCAGUAGGUGGGACUUGGUGACUUUAGCACCCUUUUUUUUUUUUUUUUUUUUUUACCCCCACUGUCUCCCCAUCUUCUAUUGCAUUCCUCAGAAGUCUUCUGGACAUCCUGGGAAAAAAAUAAAAUAAAUACAAAAUACAAAUAAACCAACAAUCUGGAAUCAACAAGGCAGCAGCAGCAGCAUCAGGCACUAUGCAUCUCUGUGGGCUGAGAGCACUGCGCGUUUGAGCCAUUUCAGGAUGAUUGUAGCUGCAAGAGGAUUUUGCAUCUGAUUGCUCAUCAAGAGAAAAAGGCUGAGAUUUUAGCUCUCUCUCCUCUUGGUUUCCUUCCCCCUUUCUUUCCUCCCCCCUGUUUUUUUGGGGUUGAAAAACAGCUGUCUGAGAUGGAUGUGUCUCUUUGCCCUACAAAGUGCAGUUUUUGGAGGGUUUUCCUAUUAUGGAGCAUUUGGCUGGACAGUAUGGGUUCAGUCCUGGCUUGCCCUGCUAAUUGUGUGUGCAGCAAGACUGAAAUUAUCUGCAAGAAGCCGGACGAUGGGAACAUCUUUCCCCUCUUGGAAGGGCAAGAAGCAGGAUCAAGUAAUGGAAACAGCAGCCUCAAAAUCACUGACAUCUCUAAGAACAUCAUUGCAAUACACAUAGAAAACUGGAAAGGAUUACACACAUUGAAUGCAGUGGACAUGGAACUUUACACUGGACUCCAAAGGCUAACAAUCAAGAACUCUGGACUCAGAAGCAUACAGCCAAGGGCGUUUUCCAAGAAUCCACAAUUGCACUAUAUAAAUCUUUCUGGAAACCGACUGACAACCUUAUCUUGGCAGCUCUUUCAAAACCUGGAGCUAAAUGAUUUGAGGAUAGAAAGCAAUCAUUUCAACUGCAGCUGUGACAUUCGUUGGAUACAGCUUGGUUAUGCAAAAAAUGAAGCUAACUUGAGAGAACAGCAGCUCUUUUGCAUGAAUAUGGAGGGUACUGUCAUCCCACUACACAAAAUGAACAUCUCGCAGUGUGAUAUCCCAGAGAUCAGCGUCAGUCGCAGCAGUUUGGUGGUACAUGAAGGGGACAAUGCUGUAGUUACAUGUAAUGGAUCUGGAUCACCUCUACCUGAUGUGGAUUGGAUUGUCACGAAUCUCCAUUCAAUUAACACACAUCAGACGAAUGUCAACUGGACCAAUGUGCAUUCAAUUAACCUGACUCUUGUGAAUGUUUCUGGAGAGGACAAUGGCUACACAUUAACCUGCAUUGCAGAAAAUGUCGUGGGAAUGACAAAUGCCUCUGUAUCACUCACUGUUUACUACCCUCCCAGGAUACUUAGUUUGAAAGAACCAGUAUUUCGUCUUGAGCACUGUAUUGAAUUCAGUGUUCGUGGAAAUCCUCACCCAGUCCUAACUUGGUACCAUAACAUGAAGCCUAUGCCACACAUGGAUUUCAUACGCACACAGUACUAUGAGGAGGACAAUGUUUUGGAAGGCUGCUUAUUAUUUAAUUCACCUACACAUUUUAACAAUGGUAAUUAUACACUGGUUGCUAAAAAUAAGUUUGGAGUUGCUAACGAAACGGUUUAUGGACAUUUUCUUCAGAAGCCAUUUUCAGAGAGUAAUGACUAUUUUGCUUCAGUAGCAGAUUUUGGAAUAAGUCCCACGCCUCCAAUCAACGUGACUCAUAAACCAGAAGAGGACACUUUUGGCGUUUCAAUAGCAGUUGGCCUUGCAGCUUUUGCAUGUGUCCUCUUAGUGGUCCUGUUCAUAGUCAUCAACAAAUAUGGGCGACGAUCAAAAUUUGGAAUGAAAGGUCCUGUGGCAGUGAUUAGCGGGGAGGAAGAUUCUGCUAGUCCCCUCCAUCAUAUUAACCAUGGCAUAACAACACCAAACUCCCUAGAUGCCGGACCAGACACUGUGGUGAUUGGAAUGACCCGGAUCCCCGUUAUUGAAAACCCACAGUAUUUCCGACAAGGCCACAACUGUCACAAGCCAGACACAUAUGUACAGUACAUUAAAAGGAGAGACAUCGUGCUGAAGAGGGAACUUGGCGAAGGAGCGUUUGGGAAAGUGUUUCUUGCUGAGUGCUAUAACCUAAGCCCAACCAAAGACAAAAUGCUUGUUGCUGUCAAGGCCUUGAAAGACCCAACUCUGGCUGCCCGCAAAGACUUCCAAAGGGAAGCCGAACUUCUUACAAACCUACAGCAUGACCACAUUGUUAAGUUCUAUGGUGUGUGUGGUGAUGGAGACCCGCUUAUCAUGGUGUUUGAAUAUAUGAAGCAUGGGGAUCUAAAUAAGUUUUUAAGAGCUCAUGGACCAGAUGCCAUGAUUCUUGUAGAUGGGCAACCUCGACAGACAAAAGGGGACCUGGGUCUGUCCCAGAUGCUGCACAUUGCUACACAGAUUGCUUCAGGAAUGGUCUAUCUCGCAUCGCAGCACUUUGUUCAUCGAGACCUGGCCACCAGGAAUUGCUUAGUGGGAGUAAACCUUCUAGUUAAGAUUGGAGACUUUGGCAUGUCACGGGACGUCUACAGUACCGACUACUACAGGGUGGGAGGCCAUACAAUGCUGCCAAUCCGCUGGAUGCCACCGGAGAGCAUAAUGUACAGAAAGUUUACUACAGAGAGUGAUGUGUGGAGCUUUGCCGUAAUUCUUUGGGAGAUAUUCACUUAUGGAAAACAACCAUGGUUCCAGCUAUCAAACACAGAGGUUAUUGAGUGCAUCACACAAGGACGUGUCUUGGAAAGACCAAGAGUGGCUCCAAAAGAAGUCUAUGACAUUAUGCUGGGAUGCUGGCAAAGAGAGCCUCAGCUGAGAUUAAACAUCAAAGAAAUCUACAAAAUUCUUCAAGCCCUAGGAAAGGCUUCACCAAUUUAUUUGGACAUCCUUGGCUAAUGGAGACCAUUUAUAAAUUGUUCUUACCCUACUUACCCUCUACUUCCCUUCUCCUGCUUUUUUCCAGAAAACGUCUUCAUAUGGAAAAAAUAAAAAAAUCAAUAAAAAAAAACUUAAGUGCCUGCAACAUAUAACAACACAGAAGGAAACCUAUAGCAGCAGAAUAACGUUUCUGCUUCUUCCACAAUACAACCAAUGAGGAAGACUCUGCUGUUACAGAUUUAGCAAAGAAUACAAUUUAUAAAUUUGGGAACUUAACAUACCACCAGAAAUGUGGUAGUUCUUUUUGCUCCUGUUCUACCAGUGUGCAAAACUCAGUACUCAACUACGUGCAUAAAGACAAUCCUGUUCUGACACUCCACAAUGGCAUCAAGCCUUAAGAUGACGCCAUAGUCAAUGGAGCAUUUAACCUUUGUUGACUUCACAAUGGUGGAUUGCAGCAACCAAAUGCGUUGUCUCACUGAGACAGGUACAGAAGUUUGAUGACCCACAUGUAUAUUAAAAAAUGAAAUAAAACCACAGCUACAAACAUCAAACUGGGAUGAAAAAGGAAGAGCAAUUCAGCCAUUUUUUGUGGAAGCUGUAUAUUUACCUACAACAAUACUUCUAAAUUUAUGAACAAUUUUUAUAAUUUGUUAACUCCUAUAUGUAUAGGAUUUCUGAUUUCUGGAUUUCUGGAAAAGUAAUUGAUACCUAUGGGUAAAACAGUAUCUUUGUUUAAGUCAAUUCAAUAUUAUUUUUUAUUACUAUUAUUUUUUCUUUUCUUUUUUACAUUCUUUUAGAAAUUUGGAUAUAUGACCAGUAUUAAGGGAAUACAACAGACAGUGUAAUUUUAUCUUAAAAUGUGAUUUUGAGCACCUAGUACCUUUAAUCAGUAUUACAAAUAAAAUACAAACCUUUUACUCAAGUACGCAAAUAUAAAAACACCAUUAAGGAAAAUGUCUAGUAGGGGAUGGAUAGUUUUUGUUAGUGUCCUUCCUACUUGUUGUGUUUUGGAUGUCUUUGUUUAAUUGUAGUGUGUCUCAGGUCUGAAUUACAGUACUUUGGGAAGUCAAAUUUCAGUGACUCCCCAAUCGUGAUAAAUUCAUGAUUAUAUAAGUAUCCUGGAAAUAUGAGGACAGAUUUAUUUUCAUAAAUGAAACUAUCUAGAGAAAAAAAAAUUAAAUGUCUUUAUUAUUAUUUAUGUAAGCAUAGAGGAGGACAUUUUAAUGAGGGAUAUAUUAAUGUCAUUAUACCAUUUUCAGUAUUACUUCCCCAUAGAAAAGAAAUAACAAUAAAAGUCAGCAAUUUAUUUGAGCUACUCUAAUACAACAUAGCAUUUACAUAGCUGAGUGUAAAAAGAGACAUGAUUCAUAGCAUUCACAGUCAUUGCUAUAUUACUGUGACCUGUUUUAUUUUGUUUGAUUUUUUUCUGUAAUUUUCAUUGCAAAACAUGUAUCUUAUUUAAUCCAUUGACUUAAUCAGAGACUAGAAUGGAGAACAGAAUGACAUUGAAAAGGCUGCUCACACCAUUAAGAUACAAAUUAAUGUCACCACACAUUACCAUACCGAAAAAAUUAAGUGGAGCAAAGCAUUACCUUUUCAGUUGCGGUGAAAUGUAUGGUAUGGAGUAAGUCAUAUUGGAAGUUGGAUACAAUAGUUGAACUAUUAUGGAAUACUUGAAAUGAUCUUGAAAAUAAAUGGAAACAAAAUGUGAGUCAAAUUAACAAUACCACUUUCCUUUCAAUAUGGAUAUAAAAAAGAUAUUUCAUGCUUUCUCUUGUGUACACAGCAUUGAGAGGACACUGGAGUUACACACAGAAGUUGUCAUUGAAAAAACAGAGAAUAGAGUCUACAAGUGUGAAUAUUUGUUUAUAAAGUGUCAUUAUGUCUAUGUUCUGCCUUGUGUGGCCAAAGUACCCAAAGAUGACCUGGUAUCUGGUCCUAAUGUAAAACAUCACCGCAGAUGCCAAAAAUUCCUACGAGUACAAAAGGCUGGAGAAAAAAAGAUCAGUCUUUAAAUUAUUUACACCAUCCAAAUGAGACAUUGUGCAAGAAACCAGGCAUGUUGGAUGUGCAGUGGCCUAACAAUAUAAUGGACUAACUGAAAGAUAUAAAGGGUUUGGUGAUAAGGGAUUGGAACUGACAUCUUCAACAUGUGUAUUGUGUAUAUGCGGCGAUAAGCUCAUGAAUCUGUGGGACAACAAUAAGAAAGUAAUUAAGAAGAGGUCAAGAAAGGUUUCGGUUAUCCUUUCUUCACAAAAUUGAGCAGUUAUAAGAGAGAAAGAGCUGAUAAUACAUCCAAGCUUAAGGUACUGUGGGAAAAGAAACAUUUGACCCCAAUGUGAAGAUUCCCAAACAAGGGGCAAAUGGUGGUUCUGUAAACAUUUUAUUGAUUGCAUAAUUACAGUGUAAUUCUACAAAAGAACAAACUAGGUAAACUAAUUCAGCAUGGAUUCUGGUAAAGAAGCAGACACAAUAGUAUAGGCCUUCAAAUACCAGUUACAUUUUCUUUAUCUGGAAUAUUAUUCCUUCCAUUUAUAUGUGUUGUUAAAUCUGCAGUUUUUGAAGAACUGCACUGUACCUUUUACACUUAGUUUGAAAGUUUUUUUCUUAUUUCAUUGUAGCUCUUUUUAUAUUUUAUGUCUGGUUUGUAAUCCGUUAAAAUUGAUAUGAAAGAGAACAUUGUGCUACUUAUGUAAAUAUCCACUUCCUCUAGCUCCUCUCUAUCAUGGAUUUGUGUGUAUGUCCACAUAUGUAUAUAGUAUGUUUUCAUUUGAUGUGAAUAUGUAUUGUCAUUGGAUUUUCGGUUAUGACUCACCUGAAAUGAUAAGACUGAGGGGGUAAUUCAGAGUUGAU